AACUCGGACAUGCCUCAGAGAAAUACUUCUUCUAAAAGUGAGAAUGAAACACUAACUAGAUCCCAAAAUGUGACAGACAGCUUGCACAGUAUAACUCCGACAAAAAAAGAGGAUCUUCCGACAACAGCUAAAGUCAGUUCGGUGACUGCAGCAAAGCCGUCUACAGCAAAAGGCGAUUCUCUUUCUCGUGCGGUGACUGCCAGUCCGGUGUCUCAAGUGGAUGUUUCUGAAGAAACUAAAAUUGAGGAAGAGGAUCUUCUAACAGGUUUGAAAGACACACUGAAUAGUUCACCACCCAUCAUAAAAGAAACUAUCGAGUCAGAUGGAGGAGAUGACUAUGGUCCUUACGAAAUGACAUCGAAUUCCAGAUACAACGCAGACCUCCUAGAUAUGCCGGAAGAUGACGACUCUGAUGCCAUUAGUAAUUACAACGAGGAGAUCAAGACCCUUGAUGAGAAGAUAAAAGAUGUUUCUGUUGCGGGGUUGGAAGAAGAAGAAGACAGCCAUUUCUUUUUUCACCUGGUUGUAGUUGCUUUCUUAGUAGCUGUUGUUUAUGUCACCUAUCACAAUAAGCGGAAGAUCUUCUUGUUGGUCCAGAGCCGAAGAUGGAGGGACGGCCUGUGCUCGAGGACAGUAGAAUAUCAUCGUUUAGAUCAAAAUGUUAACGAAGCAAUGCCUUCGCUGAAAAUAACUAAUGACUACGUAUUUUGAAAGCACUGUGAUUUGAGUUUGCUGAACUUCUCACUUUUUGCCUGCCUAGUCAUGUAACGAUAUUCAGGUAUUCUAAACAUGCUGCUUGUCCUGAAGUGAGGGGUACUCUCUUUGACCUGGAUCUUUUUGAGGUUCAAUCUCAUGGAAGAUCAAGGGCAUGAUACUGUUUGCUACUUUUUUCAGGUUUUCUAUCGACUAUAAAGUUACAGAGUUUAAUAAUUAGCGCCAUUUCCAU